AAAAAUGAAGACUACAAUCUGCUCCCUUCUCAUCAUCAUCUCCAUUCUUCAACUGAUGAUCCCAGUGAAUACUGAGGAGACCUUAGAUUCUCUCCUGGAGAAAAAGAUCAAGAAACUUCUCAACUGUGGAGGUGAGUGUACCUCUACUGUGACGAGGACUCUCUCCUGCACUAGUGUGAACGCUAGAGGCAGACUAGCCACCUGUCCUGCUGGGAUGGCUGUCACUGGCUGUGCUUGCGGCUAUGGCUGUGGAUCCUGGGAUAUCCAGAAUGGAAAUACUUGCCACUGUCAGUGUUCAGUCCUAGACUGGACCACCGCUCGCUGCUGCAAACUGGCCUGAGAAGGAAGAGGCUGAGAACCCAGUUUUGAAAUGACAACUAUAACAAAACCUCAAUCUCAACUUGGACACCUGGCUAAUGUCCCCUUAAUGAAUUCAUAUUACCCAGUAAUCCUGCUUCUUGAAAAAUAAAGACAAAUUUUCACCUGCC